AUGGACACUUUUUUGCAUCCGAUAGCUUAUAGCUUACUCAGUUUACGGAAAUACCGCUACAAACUUCAUCCUCUUCGAAUCUGCAAACUUGUUGCAUUCGUAUUCUUUGUGGUUGUUGUUUCUCUGAUAUUGAUUACUCCACUUCUAUCACAUAAUGAGAUAUUGUACAGUACACCCAAAGAGGUGCCGAUAUUACAAAAAACCCACGCUUUUAUUCACUCUGCCUAUUAUUAUCCAGUUUCCAAAUCACUUGGUAACAAUGCUGUUGCUCUGGUGACUACAAUGAAUAAACGAACGGUUCCUGUGAUUACGGAUUACACGAUUAAUCUGCAUGGAAGUCAUUUGAAGAAGCGGGUAGCCAACGUAGCUACUUUAACGACGGAACAUCUCCUAAACGAUCGUUGUGACUACUCUCUGGUUCUUGUCCAAACAAACUUGCUCACCGGAAUGACAAAGUUAGAGAUUGAGUCUGAAGGAGUGUUAACUGAGAUUCCGUUCAAAACACCAAAAUAUUCCGCUCCAAAACCAGUUGUUUUCUGUGUUUCUCCUCAAUUCGCUGCUGAACAAUGGCAAACUUUUCUGACUCAACUUCAUAUUUCCAAGAAAUACGGUGCCCAUCUCCAACUGUACGUGGUUUCCAUGGUAGAAUCCUACUAUAAACUUAUAAAAGAAUAUGAGAAACUUGGACUUGUCUCAAUUGAGCCAUGGCUUACAAUCAAGUUCCCAGUCACUGAUGGCCCAUAUCUCGAACCGAAUAGAAAUGUUGAACUGAGAAAUCAAGCUGCUGCUCAUACUGAUUGUAUUCUUAUGUACAAGGAAGCGGUCAGUUUUGUUGGAAUUCUGGAUAUGGAUGACAUUUUGAUUCCGAAUAAUGCCAACUCAUAUUACGAGGAAUUCGAAAGAGAGUACGGUGGAAGUUGGUUUGUCAGUGCACUUCAGUAUGGAAAGGCAGACUUCGAAACAAUAAAAGUAGCUGAGUUGGAAUCCCAAAGUAUAUCUGCAAUCGUGAGAAAUGCGAGAAGACUUCCAACAAAAGAUCAAGGAAAAUCCUUUGUUCGUCCAGAAAGAUUCAAUUCUUCUUGGUCUCAUUACUCAAGAAAUUCGGAUAACAAACCAAUUUACUGGACUCCAAAACAAACGGUUCCAUUGAUGAUGAGGAAGAAACAAAUGAAAUUUAACGGAAUUUUCCAUAUGAAAAAUAUGUAUUUGAAGAAUUUGACAGAUGUGAGAGAUGGAGCAGUUCCAUUGAAUCCAGGAGAUAAUAUCACACAAUUGAUCAGUGAGGAACAUCUGGCAGAGAUUGAUGCAGAGAUGAAGAGUAUCCUAUCCCUCGAACCGAUCGCCCAACUCUCUACAACUCUUCCCAAAGAUGAUUUCUAUAUGCCCAUAAUCUUCAAAUGUUACAAUGAUUCAUUCUAUCAUCUGCGUGACACAAAGACCCUCAUGAAUGACAUAACAUGUGUGAAUGCAUUUGAUUGUGAAUUACCACAACGAGAAGAUAUGCCAUGUAUCCAUUCAGAUGCCACGUAUCACUCCGGACCGUCCAUGUUUCCAAUCACUUUCCAUUGGGCUACUGAUCCAUUUUUUACCAAUGAAAUAGGAUGUUAUCAGUAG